AAAAAAUUGAAUAAAUCAGACGAGAAAGAAGUAUCUAAAUAAACGUUGCCACUCCAGACUGGGAGAGGAGGCCGGGGAGGAAGAAUUCGUCUCCAAGUCUUCCAGCUCACGGAUUUGGAUCGGAGUGGAGCUGCCCGUGGUUGACCGGUUGGUGAGGCGAUUGUUGGCUCAGGAACUUCUUUCUCUUCUUCCGAGGUGGAGAGGAGGUGACUUCAUCUGUAGUGGGGAAAGAGCUAAGCACAUUAUCUUGUAAAAUCUGCAUUUCGCUACCUUUUAUCUUAAAUCAAAUCGACUCUGUUUCUGGGAACAGCAACCAGUAUUUUCCCAUGCAACCUCUUGGAGUCUUGGUUGAUGGAUGCUCUUCCUGUUGAAUCGGAAAGAGAAAGUCAAACAGAUAUCCACCCUUUACUCAUGGAGCAUGCGAUUGGUAUCCCAAGGGAUGACGUUGCUUCUUCAUCAACACCUCGUCGAGAGAAUCGUGAUGGCAUGGAUCAAUUGGCUCGUGACUCAGAAAGUUCUUCUGGAACAAUUCCUAUAUCUCCUCUAGCAAGAAGAGAUGAUAAUCGCAAUAAUCGUCGGCAAAGUCCUCUAAAUUCUGGCUUCUGGAUCUCAAUUGAACUAGUUGUAAACCUUAGCCAGAUUAUAGCUGCUAUUUGUGUUCUGUAUGUGUCAAGGAAUGAACAUCCUCAUGCACCAUUGUUUGAGUGGGUCAUUGGUUACACAAUAGGUUGUAUUGCAACUCUUCCUCAUCUUUACUGGCGCUACCUCCAACGCAACCACCUGGCAACUGUUCAAGAAUCAGCUAAUCAGAACUACAUUCCAAACAAUAUCCCUGAAGGUAAUUCUUUUACAGAAAUUUCAGCCCCUCGAGUGUCUGAAGCUGGUGUUAUAACUGGCACGAAUGGUGUCUCAAGAAACAAUGUGGUUACUGCAAAUCCAAGGGCCCAAGCUUUCGCUGAUCACUUCAAGAUGGCUCUGGACUGUUUCUUCGCUGUGUGGUUUGUUGUGGGAAAUGUCUGGGUAUUUGGUGGACAUUCUUCUGCCCAUGACGCGCCUAACUUGUACAGGUUGUGUAUAGCCUUCCUCACAUUCAGCUGCAUAGGCUAUGCUAUGCCCUUCAUUCUCUGCACAUUGAUAUGUUGCUGCCUACCCUGCAUAAUCUCUGUAAUGGGCUUCCGGGAAGAUUUGAACCAAAAUAGAGGUGCUAGUUCAGAUGCUAUCAAUGCCUUGGGCACAUACAAGUUUAAACUGAAGAAGCCUCGCAACGGGGAGGGAAAUGAAGGUGGGGGUGGCGUCUUGGCUGCUGGAACAGACAAGGAACGAGUUGUUUCUGCCGAAGAUGCUGUUUGCUGUAUCUGCUUGGCAAGGUAUGUGGACAAUGACGAACUUCGGUUGCUCCCAUGUGGGCACUUCUUCCACAAGGACUGUGUCGACAAGUGGCUCAAGAUAAAUGCACUGUGCCCCCUCUGCAAAGCUGAGCUUGAUGUUGUCUCAACGACUGUUCCAGCCAUUGGCUUUGGGCGCCGCCACAGUGACAACAGGGUAGGAAACGACAUUGAAUCACAACAAUAGCUAUGUGAGCUUGUCCCAUACCUUUGAUGCGGCUUCCACAAGAGCAACUUGUAAAUUAUGUAGUGUAGAUUUGUAUGAUCGAUCGAUGAGCCAUUAUGUGACCCAACAAGUUAUUUCCUGACUGACCAAUUUCUCUUGCUGUCUAUAUGUGUUACCGCUGUGCAAUGUGCUUUUCUGAA